UUGUUCGAGUUCUUCGCCUUGUUGAUAAUGAGAGAAAACCAGCUAUGGGUUACAUAUAUGAGGCAAUGGAUAGGGCUAAAGAAGCUAUUAUAAAAGUUUUUAAUGAGAAUGAAGAAAGGUAUUCAAAUAUUUUUAAAAUCAUUGAUGAGAGAUGGGAAUGUCAAUUACAUCAGCCUUUGCAUGCAGUGGGUCAUUUCUUGAAUCCUGAGUACUUCUAUUUUGAUGAUAACAUAGCAACAAAUCAUGAAAUUACAGCAGGAUUGUAUGCUUGCAUACAAAGACUAGUUCCUACUGCUGAAAUUCAGGACAAGAUCAUGGCUGAGCUACCCAUCUAUAAGAAAGCUGAAGGACUCUUUGGCAUUGAAUUGGCUAAAAGAUCAAGAAAGACAAGGGCUCCAGCUGAAUGGUGGAGUUUGUAUGGGAGCUCAACUCCGAAUUUGCAACAGUUAGCUAUAAGAAUCUUGAGCUUGACUUGUAGUGCAUGUGGUUGUGAGCGCAAUUGGAGUGUGUUUGAGCAGGUGAGUUUUGAAGUAUAAUAAGUAGAUCUUAUCCUUUGAUGAACUACUUUAUUUCAUAGAAAAUUACAAUGGUUUAAUU